GUGCGCCGCGGCCGGCCGCGGCAGGAGCAGCUGCCCCUGGGGAGUCCCUGGAGGAGCAGCUCAAGCCCAUGAUCGACUGGGCACUCACUGGCUUCAAACCCUUGGGCUUCAAGGGACUGCGGCCACCCAAAGGCUCAGGUGAGAACGGGGUCCUGAGGAACGGGACGGAGGAGGUGCUGUCCCUCGAGCAGUGUCCCCCCACCAAGAGGCUGAAGACCAACCCCUGCAGCAACAGCAAGGAGCAGCGGGUGGAGGAGGACCAGAGCCGAGAACAAAUGGUUUCCGAAGUGACGAACAACAGUGGGAGUCUCGAAGACAGCUGUUUGUCCUGCGGCAGGAGGAACCCAGCCACCUUCCACCCCCUGUUUGAGGGGGGCCUCUGCCAGACGUGCAGGGAUAGAUUCCUGGAGCUCUUCUACAUGUACGACGAAGACGGGUACCAGUCCUACUGCACGGUGUGCUGCGAGGGGAAGGAGCUGCUGCUCUGCAGCAACGCCAGCUGCUGCAGGUGCUUCUGUGUGGAGUGUCUGGAGGUGCUGGUGGGGCGAGGGACGUCGGCCAAGGCAAAAGAGCAGGAGCCCUGGAACUGCUACAUGUGCCAGCCCCAGGGCAGCUACGGGGUGCUGCAGCGCCGGCAGGACUGGAACACCCGCCUGCAGGACUUCUUCACCAGCGACAAGGGGCAGGAAUAUGCUGCACCCAAAAUCUACCCAACGGUCCCACCAGCGAAGAGGAGACCUAUUCGAGUGCUCUCGUUAUUUGAUGGCAUAGCCACGGGGUACCUGGUGCUGAAGGACUUGGGCAUCCAAGUGGAGAAGUACAUCGCCUCGGAGAUCUGUGAAGACCCCAUUGCCGUGGGCACCAUGCGGCACGAGGGCAACAUCACCUAUGUGCACGAUGUCAGGAACAUAACCAAGAGAAACAUCGAGGAGUGGGGACCCUUUGACCUGGUGAUUGGUGGGAGCCCCUGUAACGACCUCUCGCUUGUCAAUGCGGCCAGGAAGGGGCUGUAUGAAGGAACUGGGAGGCUGUUCUUUGAAUUUUACCACCUGCUCAACUAUGCUCGUCCCAAGGCGGGAGAGGAGCGUCCUUUCUUCUGGAUGUUUGAGAACGUGGUGGCCAUGAGGGUCAACGACAAGAGGGACAUUUCUCGGUUCCUGGAGUGUAACCCCGUUAUGAUCGACGCCAUCAAGAUCUCGGCUGCCCACCGCGCACGCUAUUUCUGGGGCAACCUGCCAGGCAUGAACAGGUAA